AGUGACGAAAUUCUCCGAGUGGCUUUUCUGGUCGAGGGAAGAAGUAGAGCUGUAAGUGUAAGCCGAGGAGAGCUGUAUUGUAAGGGAGAGCGAAUUUUUGAAAAUAUGGUGCAUGUCCGAAACACGGCCCCACUAAGCAAUUAAAGAAAAAAAAACAAAACGCAGCCGCUGUUUGACAGAAAACAAGUGAAAGAUGUGAAGCGCAAAAUUUCAAUUGACCAUGACGCAUACUAAAACCAAUUGACCUAGAUCCACCAGGCUUCCUAUAGUGACGAACUAACUACUAAAAACUUUUAGACACGACCAAAAACCUCAACGAAAGUUUCGUAUUCUUUCCUUUCGUAGAAGCGCCUCUUCAUAGUACUUUGGAGUACGAAAGAGUCUACAACUUACUUCUAGUACUCAGCAACAAAUCCUCAAAAGAUGCAGAUAGUGCAAAAUCAGCCGCAGCAGCCACAGGUUGUUGCUGCUCCUGUGAUGAUGGUCCAGCCAGUGCAGGUGAUGCCUAUCGGGGCACCUGGGCAGCCAGUGAUGAUGCAACAGGUUGCGCCUCAUCAGAUGCAUAUGCCGCAACUCGGAGAUGACUACAAUUAUGAAGAAAUAAAUUACCCUUCCACACUCACACAGGAGUUCUGAAUUUGAUGAUACACGCAAUCGCAAACAAAGAUUCAUAAUUGUACUCAUCAUGAUUUGACACCGCGCAGGUUCUACAGGUGAAAAACGUGAAAAGUAAUAUGAUUCAGUGUAAAGUACGGGUGUUAGGAAUGACACUAACAUGGGCAUACACAUGACAUCAGUGUAAAAAUAUCUGUCCUUCUUCUAAUGCUGAACCGUCCUGGCAGGUCGUUCUGGACUGACAUUGAAGCAAACUAUGAAAGGGUCUUGCUGUGAUGCCAAGAACGAGUGGACAGGCCACGCAUUUCACCCGAGCAGCCCUGGUGAGUCCGGUCCGGAAAUCUUCUUCAUCGAUGAAAGUGCGAGUAUUUCACUUUUACAGACAACAUACAUGAUUUAUCACUAGUAUCUUUCUGCGAGAUUGUACUCGCCUUUGCUCUACUACUUACUUGGAUAGAUUUUGAUGAUUUUGAUCAUCUUGACUGUUUUAUAAUAUAUCUAGUACUUACUAUGUCGUGAUGACGGAUGAAAUUGAUAACAAGUCACUCAUACCAUCUGCCACUUGCCUUUCGUUGCGUUGGCUCUCCGCGAGUUCGCCUCUGCCUCGCGCUUUCUGUGUCAUGGUGAGAGGUCUCCCUGCAGUAAAGACACUGGGUGACGAUUAGGGUUCCGCAUACGCCUCUCGGGCUGCGCGUCGCUGGAGUACCGCCGGGCUUCAUCCUAUAAUAACUAACUAACUACCAUCUGCCUUUGUUCGUUUUCUUUCCAACUAGGUUGUUUCGAGCGUUGCUGUCUGUCGCACUUUAUGCCUGCUUAUCGGCCGACAAGUUACGAUAUGUGGUGCGGCUCCUGGAGCGGCAUGUUGCAAAAGCGUCCAAGCCAAUCCGAGGUCGUCUUGCGCCACAAAAAGGAAUGCACUUGUCCUUAUGAGUCAUAAAAAAAAUGUCCGUACUAUCUAUUAUAGUAUUUUUACAAAGAGACUCAGCAGGUCAAAUCGGAGACAAAUGACAUGACCUCUUCGACUUGUCUAAUUUUCCACCGCGUGCUGGAUCGCAGAGGGAGAUGGUGGUCCUCUGCGUAUCCCGUGCUGCUGCUUCUUACCCUACUUGGAUACCCUCACUAACGAUGGAACGGUAUUUAAAUUAAAAUCUUUGUGAGAGCAUUACUCGACAAUGUUGAACUCAAUCUAAAACUUCUAAUCUCUCUCGGGAAGAAAAUCUAUGGGCAUUUUUUUUGUGCGGGCAUUUUACUUCUGAAGAACCUUUUUAUCCCGAUUAUAUGAUCAAACUAAAAUGAAAAACAGAAACUCGGUCGGACGCAAUAUGAAUGUGAUAUGUAUCUGUGUGUGCCGAAAUACAGCGUACGAGACGGUCAGGGCAUGAUCUGGUACCGCAUCCGGCCAGACACCUGCUGUUAUGCUACUACUGUGUCUGUAAGGACCUUACAAUUACAUUAUACAGGAAUUCAUUCAAACUACUUCUUCGGCGGACUUUUGUUUCGUAGGAGCAGGCUUCUCGGAAAAGAAGACUCCUUCAACUUAGAUUACAUACAAAGUAGCUACAACUAGAACCUAUGUUGAUACAUACUUCUCCGACUUUGACCGGUGCAGUAACAUCAUCCUUGCGAGAGCAGGCUAGUGUAUACUACUAGAUCCGAUCAUUCGAGAUGAAGAUAUGCGCCUCCGCUCUCUAAUCUUACGGUGGUUGCUGCGUUCUCUGCGAAUGCGGUGGAAAAAAGGGCCGUUGCCUCGCCGUCCCGUUCUAUAUCCGUCACCCCAAGAGUAUGGACAAACUACCAGGCGACGAACCAGGAUCCAUUGCCCAGAUUAACAACUUUUAAGAGAUCAGUGAUGCUGUGAUAGGAGUGCUAGUGACUGAUACAGGAUUUAGAUUUUUGGUCCUUCUACUUCGACUCAGCAUUCGUUCCCAAUCAAGAAGAGUCAAGAGUAUCGAAUCUUCUAACUACUUAUGUAUGUACCUGUACGAGAAAUAUCCUUCCAGGAAUCUUCAUGUACCACAUAUACUCAUGUUCGCUUCACCUACCAGUUUUUCUACCACAGACACUGAGCUGACUUUGAUCCUCCUCUAAGUUCCGUGGUCCGGUAUCAAGGAGUGCUGCAAUCGCCAGAACUACGCCGUCCGCUUCCCACAGAACGCUAGCCCAGAACAGAAAGCUACACUCGUUGGCUCGGUCUUCUUGAUCGAUAUGGUCAACUUUGAACAGGAACAGACUUAAAGAUUGAAAUAUUAUUAUGGAAAAGUAGGUUGUGGAGUUGUAGUCUGUUCAGACUUAAAGAUUGAUUGGUAUUGUUUGUGAAAAUAUUAUGGAAAAGUAGGUUGUGGAGUUGUAGUAAAACUGAAUAGAGUCGAGGACGGAUAAUAUGAAGGAAUCUUUUUGUCACAUCGAUUCAUCCUGUGGGUAGGUGCUAUAGGCCUACUUAUUUGGGAUGCACAGAAUAGAAUAAUAUGAAGGAAGUGCUACAUCAGAAGAGAACGAAUAGUGCAAAAUACUAGUUGUAGCAAGCAGAGAUAUAUCAGCUUGUUACUCAAGAAGAUCCAUUUGGCUGGUUUGAAAAGGAUUUUACUCUUCAUCACAACAGAGAAUAGGCGUUCGUUUUGACUUUUAGCAAUUUGAAACAAAGGAGGAGCUUUGGCGUUAGCAACUAGAAAUAUCGAUACUUAUAUUUAUAUAUUUGUUCUGAACAAUCUUGAAUAGGCCAAAUUAUUGUUAUGGAGGUCGUUUUAGAGUAGUCCUAAACCUAAUUGUUGCGCACAUUCGCAAAUGAGUAGAAAGGGGUAACUCAACCAACCUCCUCUGCCUUCGUCGCACGAAGCAUCUGUAGGGCCUGAGCCCGUCAAAGAACCUAUUAUGAAGGCAAAGGUAAUCUCAAACUACAACUACCCAACAACUUGUGAAUCAACUUCUACCGGGAAGCGUGAUCAGCUAUCCCGAACUUACUACAUGAUUUGAAAUCAUGAUUGUCAGCACACUAACUCUAGGCAGAACUACUAGUUUUAAGAAAUAGUAAUCAUGUUGUCAGUAGGUUGAAGUUGAACUAGAAGGUGGACGUGAAAAUUAUGAUCAAGUCAAAACGGUUUGUCGUCGAUCUCAUUUAGCACGCUCAAAUUCCAGAUGUAAUUAUAUCAGAAUCAAAACAGUUUAGAGACGGUGGGAAGGUGGGCCACGCUGGGUCGCUCGGCGGCCACGCUUGGCACGGUGGGCGGACCCUUGGCACACAAGGGAGGCACGGUGGGCGCACGCUGGGCGCCGAUGGCGUUGCCUCCCUGUUUCCGUCAAUAUACAGGGCCGCAGACGAGGGCCGCGCCCGCGGCGCUGCGCUCCUGUGCGGAGUGGCCACGUUCUCGCCGCUUGCAAUGCUUCGCUGCUGUAUGCAGUGCCGCCGGUGUGUGUACAUUUGAGUGCGGCGCAGCGCUGCCUCGUGUUCUUUCGAAUUAUGAAAAACAACUAACACGUUGUUAGGUUGUUUCCAAGAACUUCUUCAACUUUGAACAUGAUCGUAUCUUCAUCCGAUUCGAUGGAAUUCAAUGCUGAGGACUUGUAGGUGCACUAAAAAAUGAGUUAGAGUCCUCUAGCGGUAGAUGCCGAAGACACUACAUCACGUGGACGCGAAUAAUUCGUAUCAUUAAAUUAUAGGCGAUUAUCUAAACCGUUACCUAACCUAACCGUUACAUCUUCUACCAAACGAACUUGUUGUGGGUUUUUCAAACCGAAACAAGAACUUUCGCAGAACUACACCUGCUCAGAUAGAAGUAAAGCUUCGAGGACACAACGCACUCUUAUCCAUUGAUAGUAGGCGCUUUUCUUCAACCUCAGUUACACUGUUGAGCACCUUGUUCAUUUGAAAAUAAAUCGUGUCAGAACAAGUCAUUUAAUGACACGGCGCUUUACAAU